GGAAACCCUAAAGUAGUACGCCGCUUCUAACUUAUAACAGAGCUGACCUUACGCUGUGGUGGCGCCUCCAGAAUCUGUGAAAGAGCUUCAUCCUCCUCUCGCAAUCUUUCUCGGCAUCCAAAAAUGUCUCUAGUAGCCAACGAGGAGUUUCAGCACAUUUUGCGUGUGCUCAACACUAAUGUCGAUGGGAAGCAAAAGAUUAUGUUUGCCUUGACCUCGAUCAAAGGUAUUGGAAGGCGAUUGGCCAACAUUGUCUGCAAGAAGGCUGAUGUUGACAUGAACAAGAGGGCUGGAGAGCUAAGUGCUGCUGAGAUUGACAACCUCAUGACAAUCGUGGCUAACCCUCGCCAAUUCAAGAUCCCAGACUGGUUCUUGAACAGGCAAAAGGACUACAAGGAUGGGAAAUAUUCCCAAGUUGUUUCCAAUGCUCUUGACAUGAAGCUGAGAGAUGAUCUUGAGCGCCUUAAGAAGAUCAGAAACCACCGUGGUCUGAGGCACUACUGGGGUCUGCGUGUACGUGGACAGCACACCAAAACCACCGGACGGCGUGGAAAGACUGUCGGUGUCUCCAAGAAGCGUUAAAGAGAGUUUGUUGGUUGUGUUGUACUCAUGACGAGAGCUUGGUUCAAUGGCGUUGCUUUGUUUUUUUGUCUUGUUUUUCGCAGAAGAGAGAAUAGUUUAAGAGGUGUUGUUGUUUUAUCAAAAGACUGGUCGUAGUUUUUGACAAUAUAUAAUUUAAAUCCCAAAACUAUUGUUGUUCCUC